AUGCGCAGCAAUCACCAGCAUCUCAAGGAUUGUAUAUGGGAAGCAUCUACUACAAUUAACAGUGAGCGAGGGAUUAUUCCUCCUCGGUAUCUGCUCGGACACAUAUCUCUCCAUCAUGUAAAGUGCUACCCUGCUUUUUGACAAAUCCAUAAAUUCAUACAUUCUUGACUUCCUUCCUACGCCUUCUGAAUUAUUCAUUGCAUGGGGUAAUAACCAGCCAUAUGUAUACAUGAUGGCGGAAAAGGCAACCCUAUGCUAAGGGAUUUAUAAAGUUCUGAUUUCUCCUGAAAUAAGCCAACAGGUGCAUGCAGUUAACCCCUUAAACACCUCUGCACACUGAAUUGCUCUAACCCCUUAAGGACACGGCAUGUGUGACAUGUCAUGAUUCCCUUUUAUUCCAGAAGUUUGGUCCUUAAGGGGUUAAGGAACUGGAGUUUACAUCAGGGCAGAAUUGGAAAGAUGAAUAUCGUGGACCAGUAGUGACUAGUGAAAUUUAAAGACGGUGGGUCACUAGGAAUUUGCCUCUACCUAUUGACUUGUUGGGUGAUGUCUAUUGUACUCAAACCCUGGCCUAGUGAGUGGUCAUGUCCUGGUCAUGUAUUUGGAACUCAACUCAACACUUUAAAGAGGCCUGACUCCACCUACUGAUGCUGAUACCCAAUGACAGUCCUAGAAAACAGGGCACUAUGCAGGGCUUUUUAUAUAGGGGAUUCAGAAUGUGAUGGCCCAAUGUAAAGCCAAUGGGUGACAUCACAAAAUGGGGGGAAAAAAAUCAAAAAUGCCUGAAACAUAGUGAUGUAAUAAACUGUUUGGUCUCUAAGCAGUGUCUUCAUCUAUCAAUAAGGGGUGUUUGGGGAGGCGGGAAUCUGCAGAAUUAAUCCUACGAGACACGAUUUGUUUCCAGUACACACUUAUCACUAGUCCUAAUAACACCAAUAGAUUUUUUUGUUUUUGCAACAAAAUUUUGGGUGGGCGCUGAUCUACCUGCUUCUACGGCCCAUCACCCAGCGUUGUGGACUGUUGUCUACAUUUUACUAAUUACAAUAAUAGAGAAUGUAUUAAUGCAAUAGGCUCCUUGAUGAAGCACACCAUAGGAGUGAUAAAGGGUCAUUGUAUGUAUUGUGGCCAACAUGCCUGAAGAAUUCAGGGCAGACUGAGUUGACUAUCUGGCAUUCCCCGAGGGCACAAUAUUAAUGGGUUAUGCACAACCUGUUGAGAAGACAGUGGUAAUUGCUGUUUUAUUUUGUAAAUCUUGCGUCCUUUCAGUCAGUGAAUUAUGAUUGUCACUUGUACUCAGCCACAUUACAGGCCUUUCUUGAUAUAAAAAAGGCAAUAUCUGCAAACUUACUACAAUUGAAAAAAUCAACAACUUUCUUGAGUUGAAUUUUAAUAUCCCCUUCCUCCAGCCUUGUAAAAAAAAAAAUAAUGGAUAUAUUCAACCAAAUAGUGUGCUGUGGUAAGCAGAGAACCAACUUGCAAAUUUAGGCCAAAAUAGAAAAAUAAAUAGAUUGCAUUUUUUUCUAUAAAUACAUUCCAACUUCCCAAAUCCCAUCUAUACUGUAGAGUUUUUUUUCCCCUUCUGAUCUCUAUAUUGCAACUUGCUGUUUAGUGCACAGUCUGGCUUGGAGGUGGCUGGGAGUUGUGAGAGUAUACCAGCAGCAGGAGCACAGGGGAAGGGGUUAUGGGUGUAAUUAAAGUGCCUCAGCAGGUGUACCCUGGGGAUCCAGUACUGGUGGCAUCCAGACCCUGCUCUCAGAAACAUUGAUAGGAGGAUGACAUGUGUCAGACUGAGCUCUCAGAGCUCCUGCCAGCUCCCCUGGGCUCCUACUCACUGCUUGCAUCAUGCAGGGUUUCAUAUAAACAGCCUGGCUCCUGGGACCUGUCUGCCUGCAGCAUGUUACACCUGCCCUAGCCUCACAUCAUUCAGUACACAGGGAGAAUUAGCUGGCUGUAUCCCUACUCUGCAAUGUGAGCACAGCUUACACAUACAGGUAAGGGGGUGCUGGGUACAGGGGUGGGGGAUGGGGUAGGGCUAUGUAUAAGGGGUAUCACUGAAUGGUGUACAUGGGGUGACCUGUCUACAGAGGGGAGCUGUGUACACGGGUAACACUGAGAGGUCUACAUGGGGGGAGCAGUGUAUAGGGGAGCUAUGUACAUAGGGGGAGCAGUGUAUAGGGGAGCUAUAUACAUUAUUAUUUUAUUAUUUAUUUAUAAAAUAUUUUACCAGGAAAGAUACAUUGAGAUUUCUCUCGUUUUCAAGUAUGUCCUGUAAGUCCACAUUAAAUGUCAGUUGCCACAAUUCUGACCAUUUUUCUAGUUUACCUAAAUCAUUUGCCAUUUGGCUUAUCCCUCCUGGAACAUCAACCCUGUUACAUAUUUUAGUAUCAUCAGCAAAAGUGUUAGGGGGAGCAGUGUAUAGGGGAGCUGUGUACAUAGGCGGAGCAGUGUAUAGGGGAGCUGUGUACAUAGGGGGAGCAGUGUAUAGGGGAGCCGAGUACAGGUGAGAGCUGUGUACAGAGGGUGACACUGAGCUAUGCACAUGGGGGAGUUGAGUGCAGGGGGUAACACUGAGAGGUCUACAUCGGGGGAGCGGUGUACAGAGGACACUGAGCUGUGUACAGGGGGUGAUGUAUGUCCUGGGGUUACACUAAACUGUGUAGCGGAGGAGCUGUGUACAGCGGUUACACUGGGUUUUGUACUGGGGGUAAUUGGUGUAUGGUGAGGUAGUGUAGUAGGGGUGAGGUGGUGCAUGGUGAGGUAGUGUAGUAGGGGUGAGGUGGUGUAUGGUGAGGUGAUCUGUACAGAUGUGAGGUAGCGAUGGGGUGAGUUGGUGUAUGGUGAGGUAGUGUAGUAGGGGUGAGGUAGUAUAGUAGGGGUGAGGUGGUGCAUGGUGAGGUAGUGUAGUAGGGAUGAGGUGGUGUAUGGUGAGGUGAUCUGUACAGAGGUGAGGUAGUGAUGGAGUGAGUUGGUGUAUGGUGAGGUGGUGUAUGGUAAGGUGGUCUGUAUAGAGGUGAGGUAGUGUAGGAGUUUGCUAGUUAUAUAUUAAUAUAUAUUUUCAUGCUGUGUAUGGGGUUCUUUGGUUAGAUCAGAUGAAUAAUUUCAGUACACUCCCCCUAUAUGUUCCCAUGGAGCUCCAAAGCCACUGGGAAGAGUCUAAGUAAGUGGAGUCACAGAAUUAAUUUUAUAUAAUAUUCAAUAGAAUGAUGGGUAACUGGGCUGAUUUUACUAUUUAGUUUAAUUACUGUAUAGACAUUAUUUAGGAUGAUAUGUUUGCUAAAGGCUGGAUCAGUGUAAACUGUGUUAUGGAAUAUGUACAAAGACAAUGAAUUAGUUAAAUAUUACAUUCAAAGCCAAUUUAUCAAUGUUAAUGUUUUUUUCUGGGGAGGAGGUUAACCCCCGGUGUGCCUCUUUAUUACCUCAUGCUAUUAAACAGUUAUAGACAAUCUAAAACUGGGUAAAAUCAUGAAAUCUGAUGAAUUUUCCAUUGUGACAUUUAGAGUUUCACACAUUAAUUUGUCCAGUUAUUUAAUGUUGAGCUGACCGCUGUGUUCAUCAGAUGGUUAAUGUAUAUCAGUGAGAAUUUGUACAACACUGUUGAAUAUGUUGGUGCUUCAUAAAUUAUUAAUAAUAUAGUAUUAUAUAAUUAAUAAUAAUAUUAGGUAACAUUAGAAAGACAGGACUCAUGGGUUGCAGAAUACAAAGCUCCAUAGGCUAGAUCUCAGCUUACAAGCAGGGCCCUCUCUCUACCUUUUGUAUUUGUCUGUCUAUAUUGUAUGUUCUCCACUAAUUGUACAGCGCUGCGGAAUCUGUUGGCGCUUUAUAAAUACCAUAAAUAAAUAAAUGAAAUAGGGGCAGCAAAUGCAGUUUUUAGUGUAAGGAGUAAUGAUAAAUAAGUCUGUCAUGUUUAUAUAUGCAGUUUCCAGAAAUAUGCUUAUUUGUGGCUAGAGGUGCUGCUGAGAGGGUGAUCAACUACGUAAUCAACUACGUAAUCAUAUCACAAUUUUCAGGCAAUUUUGAACAAUAACCCCAUUCUCUGGGUAUGCACCUCUCAGGCAUAUAUAGCUAACUAAUUCUGCAUUAUAUCUAUUUCCAAUCUAGAGAAUAUUGAUUAUCACUAACAAAAGAAUUUUACUCUGGUAAAUCUAUUCUACAGACUAAACUUACAGUCUAUAAAUACAGGGCUUAUGCCACUCUGCAAAAUAUUUUUUUCACAGAUAAUUCAGAUUUUAUAUAUUUUCAGUGCUAUGGUGCUACCAGGGUUUGAAAUGUGUAGUCUUAUGAUAGUAGCCAGACUGUAAAUUAUCCACAGUGCAAGCCAUAGCAAACUCACCACCGUUAGCAUAUUAGAAUUUGCCCUGGUGCCACACUCUUAAUAAACCAAAUAAAGAUUUAAGUUUACAAGGCCACUUAAAGGACCACUCUAGCACCCAGACCACUUCAGCUUAAUGAAGUGGUCUGGGUGCCAGGUCCUUCUAGGGUUAACCCAUUUUUUAGAAACUGCUAUGUUUAUUAAUGGGUUAAGCCUUCCCCCAAAGCCUCUAGUGGCUGUCUCAUUGACAGCCACUAGAGGCGCUUGCGUGCUUCUCACUGUGAUUUUUCACAGUGAGAGCACGCCAGCGUCCAUAGGAAAGCAUUAUGAAUGCUUUCCUAUGUGACCGGCUGAAUGCGCGCGCAGCUCUUGCCGCGCGUGCGCAUUCAGCCGACGGGGAGGAGAGAAGGAGGAUCGGAGGAGGAGAGCUCUCCGCCCAGCGCUGGAAAAAGGUAAGUUUUAACCCCUUUCCCCCUUCCAGAGCCAGGCGGGAGGGGGACCCUGAGGGUGGGGGCACCCUCAGGGCACUAUAGUGACAGGAAAACGAGUAUGUUUUCCUGGCACUAUAGUGGUCCUUUAAAAUCAACUAUCUCAGCAAACAAAUACAGAAAUUCAGUUACCCCACAUGGCAAUAUUGUUUUAAGCCCAAUAUGUCACAGUACCCCAAGGAAGGGGUUAAACGCUUACCUUUCUAGAGCGCCGGGCUCCCUCGGCGCUGGGGACUCUCCUCCCUCUUCCGACGUCAUCCGCUGAAUGCGCAUGCGCGGCAAGAGCCGCGUGCACAUUCAAUCAGUACAUAGGAAAGCAUUACUCAAUGCUUUCCUAUGGAUGUCAGCGUCUUCUUACUGUGAUUUUCACAGUGAGAAGUGCGGAAGCACCUCUAGCAGCUGUCAAUGAGACAGCCACUAGAGGCUGGAUUAACCCUAAUGUAAACAUAGCAGUUUCUCUGAAAUUGCUAUGUUUACAGCUGCAGGGUUAACCCUAGCUGGACCUGGCACCCAGACCACUUCAUUGAGUUGAAGUGGUCUGGGUUCCUAUAGUGGUCCUUUAACAUGGGAGAUAUACAUGCUAACUUCAAAACUUACUGCUUAAACUGCUUCCAGAGACUCCUCAAUGAAUGCUUUCCUGUGGUCACCUCCAAAGGGGCACCCAUAUGGGAUGGGUGGGGAGCUCAGCCCAAUAGGAAUCUGGUCUUGAUCCAAAUGUUCUGGGUGUACUCCCAAUUCCCCUUUUUUGGAUUGGCUGUUCUGAUGUUUAAUAAAAUUACUAUUAGAAUAUUACCCUGAGGGUCUAUUCACUAAAAUAAAAUCUGAUGGAAACAUUAGAUGAUUUGGCUUUGGCAUAUAGAAUUUUUAGGUCACUGUGAUUCACGAUUUACAUGUUCCUCAAUAACCUGAUAGCUUUAUGGCCUGGAAUUUAAUUUAAAAAAUUCUGCCAUUUUACUAAGUGCAGUUUGGAAAAUGCUGUGUUUGACACAGGUGGAAGAUUGUACCUGAGAAGAAAGCUAACAGAAAUGUUAACAUGUUGACUUAAUCUCAAGGUUUCUCCGCUCGGAAUAAAUACUGCCUUGAUGUGUACACACCGCGCUGAUAACGGGUUAUACUUUCUGGCGUAUUCCCAAAACACAUGGGCUGUUGACUCCAGGAUCUACAUUAGGCUACCCCAACAGGGAGCCACUUACUCUGCGUUACAGAGCAAAAAACAAAACGCAAGAUACAAACAUAUGUUACUUGUAUGUAGCUUGAUACAUCUUGCAGUGUCUCUGACUACUGGCUAUGUUUGAUGGAAGCAGCUGUAACCGAUUGAUAGAUACAGAGUAAUAAAGACGCUGUAUCUGCCAUCUUGUUUUUAGCAAACCCGCAUAAGAGAAGGUAAGUGUCAAUAUUAAUUAGCCUUACAAAGAGACCGGUCUGUUCACUAAACAACAACUUGUGGCGAUAGAACCGAGAUGCCACCGAGCUGAGUUGGGAAAUAGUCUAAGAAAGUUAUUUACUACAGUCUGAGCUGUCAGCAAUUCAAAGUGAGUUUCAAAUUUUAGGUACAAAUUCUCCAUGUAAGCUAUGGUUUGACAAUUGUGGCUAAAACCUGGAAAUCAGUUCACUUUCACUUAAAAUCCCAGACCAUUCACAAAUGAGUGAAUAACAGGAUCUCUGCAGAUUGAGCCCACAGCAAAACUGGAUGACCCCUGCUGGCAUGCUUCAUGCUGGGAGCCACACCCCCACCACUUCAUGCCAACCUUGCCAACUACGCCAGCCGGGAUCUUGGUGUCAAAAAUAACAAGAAAUAAGAACAAGCUGCCAUGACUCACUACCUAAACAAAGAAGAAGGGGUGCAGCAGAGCCCCUCUGCCCAGUACCCAAUCCUGGCUGUUACCUGGGGGUAGAGUGCAGAACACGUAAACUAGUUAUCUCUUUUAUAUCAGGGGCUGCUUUGUGAAUCAAAAAACAAAACAGAACACUAAUAUCCUUGGAGCCACUUGUAGAGAUUCAGGGAUAAGAAACCCCACAUCCAGGGAUUCAACCCCUAAAGCUCCCGUAACAGCUCGUCUGGUGAAAAAGCCCGCAUGAGUUUAAGAUUUCUUUUUAACUUACUAUUUUCACAUUAAUUCAGUUGGCUGUCAUCUCACCACGACUCUCUCUUUCCUAGCUACGUCCUAUGUAUUUUUUCUGAUAUUACAGUCUAAGUGCCAAGGACACUUGCUGAGUUGUGUGUUAUUUUUUGUUGUUGUAGGUAUUACAUUAAUUGUGGUACGCCGGGAUCAACUGUUUAAUGUUAAAAUUAGUAUUAGGGUGGCCUGAGAUGUUGUGCCAACUUGCAACCUUACGUGCCAAGUGGCAUCUGGGUGAUCUUCCCUUUUAUGCUCAUUACCCACCUGGUGCCAUUAGUGAGCCAUGCCAGGCAGUAAGACGCCCUCUCACGUGUUUUUAUUUUAAUUCUGUUGCUUGUUGAUAGCAGGGGAUCUUUGCUUGUAGGCUCUAAGAUGCAUUGUUACAGACACUCUUCAUAAGUUUGGGCGACAUUUUUCGCUUCCCACAAUGCUCUAGGGUGUGAGUGUCGUCAGACUGUGUUGGUGAUGCUGUCCUGAGGGGCCGGAGAGUCUGCAGAGGACUUGUGAUGCAAUCAGCUCACUAUCACCUGGAGAUUAAUCAGUUUAAUUGACUCCCCCAGCCAGUCAUUGCAGGGUCGGUUUUCCAUUGACUGUAUGACGUGCAGCCGUGACCUUGGUUUUGAUGCCUAUCGUCCCUGCGUGGCUCAAUGCCUGAGGUUAGCCCAGACAGGGCUGGGACCUUUAUCAUAGAAAGUCUAAAUAAUAAGUAUAUAGUGUGAAAACUUAUUAAAAGUAAGGUUGUUUUUUUUAUCGAUGUCUCCAAAUUAUCUGAGCCCUGAGUUAUGAGAGGAUCAUAUUCUGCAAUAAUCCUCCUACUGUGCCCUACUAAAGUUUCUGUGCUACCCUCUGAAGAGUUCCACUUCUGUGCUUUGCUAUAGUUUCCACUCCAUCCUUGAGUUUUUGUGCCAACCUCUGUCAGAGUCCCCCUACAAUACUCUGCUGGAGUUUCUGUGCCACCCUCUACUAGAGUUUCCCUACCGUGUCCGGCUAGAGUUUCUGUCCCACCCUCUGUCAGAGUCCCCCUACAAUGUCCUGCUGGAGUUUCUGUGCCACCCUUUACAAGAGUUCCUCUACCGUGUCCGACUAGAGUUUCUGUGCCACGCUCUGUCAGAGUCCCCCUACAAUGCCCUACUGGAGUUUCUGUGCCACACUCUACUAGAGUUCCCCUACCGUGCCCUGCUAGAGUUUCUGUGCUAUCAUCUUUCAGAGUCCCCUUACAAUGCCCUGCUGGAGUUUCUGUGCCACACUCUACUAGAGUUCCCCUACCUUGCCGUCCUUGAGUUUCUGUGCCACCCUCUGCCAAGUCCCCCUACCGUGUACUGCUAGAAUUUCUUUGCCGUCCUAGCCAGGCCUUGAUAUAAAUUAUCCCAUACACUGUGAUACCUGGUGCAUUAGUCAGAGAAGGUGUAUAUACAGAUACUGAAUAUAUAAACUAUUAGCACAGCACAAAUCUCACUGCAUCUGCUCUGCAUAAUGUACGCAGCAUGCUAAACCGCUCUGCAUAAUGAACCUAACAUACUUACCUGCUCUGUGUAAUACACCUAGCAUACUUACCAGCAAUGCAUAUUGUACACAGAAUGCUAAAGCGCUCUGCAUAAUGGUCCUAACAUACUUACCUGCCUCCCUUGGUAAACUCAUUAGCUCCUUUGGCUUCCAAUAUAAUUUCUAUGCGGAGGACACGCAAAUCUACCUGUCCUCUCCUGAUCUCUCCCCGUCCCUCUUGACUAGUGUCUCUGACUGCCUCUCUGCUGUUUCUAACUGGAUGGCUUCCCACUUCCUUAAACUAAACUUGACCAAAACUGAAAUUCUGGUCUUUCCUCCCUCAAGUGUUGUUACUCCUGUGUCUGUCUCCCUCCAAGUCAACGGUGCUACCAUCAGCUCCACCACGCAGGCUCGCUGCCUAGGUGUUCUCUUUGACUCCGACCUCUCCUUCAUGCCUCAUGUUCAAUCUAUCUCCAAAUCCUGUCAUUUCCAUCUCAAAAACAUUGCGCACAUCCGCCCCUACUUAACGCCAGAUGAGACUACGGUGUUGGUCCAUUCCACUGUCCUUUCUCGCCUUGACUACUGUAAUCCGCUUCUCAGUGGUCUUACGUGCUCCCAACUUGUGCCGUUACAGUCCAUAAUGAAUGCGGCAGCAAGGUUCAUCUUCCUGUCCGCCCGCACCUCCCAUGCCUCACCCUUCUGUCAGUCCCUACAUUGGCUUCCUAUAAAAUAUAGAGCUCAAUUUAAAAUUCUGGUUCUUGCUUUCAAAUCUCUACAUAAUGCUGCUCCCACCUAUCUAUCCUCACUUAUACACAAGUAUGUCCCGUCUAGGCCCUUACGAUCUGCUGAAGACAUACGUCUAUCUUCUGUCCGUACUCCCACCUCUGAUGCUCGCCUUCAAGAUUUCUCGAGGGCUGCACCAUUCCUGUGGAACUCGCUUCCUCCGUUAGAUGCUCACCCAGUCUCCACUCCUUCAAAAAAUCCUUAAAAACCCACUACUUCAUAAAAGCGUAUCAAUUGAUUCCUCUUCUGCAACUGUCACUAGUCUAAUACUAUCUAAAAUACUUACCUUUUUGUGUCAUUUUACCCCACUCCCUGUGGCAUGUAAGCUCAUUGAGCAGGGCCCUCAACCCCUCUGUUCCUGUGUUUCCAACUUGUCUGGUUAUAACUACAUGUCUGUUCGUCCACCUAUUGUAAAGCGCUGCGGAAUUUGAUGGCGCUAUAUAAAUACCAUAAUAAUAAUAAUACCUGUUCUUUGUGAUACACCUUCUAACAUACUUACCUGCUUUGUGUAAUUCACCCAACAUACUUACCCGCUCUGUGUAUUACACCUUACAUACUUACCUGCUCUGUGUGAUACACCUAACAUACUUACCUGCUCUAUGUGAUACACCUCCUAACAUACUUACCUGCUCUGUGUAAUACACCUAACAUACUUACCUGCUCUGUGUGAUACACCUAACAUACUUACCUGCUCUGUGCAAUACACCUAACAUACUUACCUGCUCUGUGUGAUACACCUAACAUACUUACCAGCUCUGCAUAAUGUUCACAGAAUGCUAAACAGAUCUGCAUAAUAAACCUAACAUACUUACCUGCUCUGUGUGAUACACCUAACAUACUUACCUGCUCUGUGUAAUACACCUAACAUACUUACCUGCUCUCUGUGUAACACACCUAACAUACUUACCCACUCUGUGUAUGGCAUCCAACAUACUUACCCACUCUGUGCGAUAAAUCUAACAUACUUACCUGCUCUGUGCAAUGCACCUAACAUACUUACCUGCUCUGUGUAAUUCAUCUAACAUACUUACCUGCUCUGUGUAAUGCACCCAACAUACUUACCCACUCUGUGUGAAACAUCUGACAUACUUGCCUGCUCUGUGUGAUGCACCUAACAUACUUACCUGCUCUGUGUAAUUCACCUAACAUACUUACCUGCUCUGUGUAAUUCACCUAACAUACUUACCUGCUCUGUGUAAUGCACCUAACAUACUUACCCGCUCUCUGUGAUAAAUCUAACAUACUUACCUGCUCUGUGCAAUGCACCUAACAUACUUACCUGCUCUGUGCAAUGCACCUAACAUACUUACCUGCUCUGUGUAAUUCACCUAACAUACUUACCCGCUCUGUGUGAUACACCUAACAUACUUACCCGCUCUGUGUGAUACACCUAACAUACUUACCCGCUCUUUGUGAUACACCUAACAUACUUACCCGCUCUGUGUGAUACACCUAACAUACUUACCCGCUCUGUGUGAUACACCUAACAUACUUACCCACUCUGUGUGAUACAUCUAACAUACAUGAUCUCUCUGCGCAGUGUGCAAAGCUCCCUAGACAAUGCAUUCGAGUUUUUCAUUUCUCCCAUUUAACCAGGUAUUAUAAUUUGAAUAUUAUUGUGAUGUGGUUUUUGUAUUUUAUUGUGACAUGCAAACAUUUGCUGAGCGUUUAUUUUAGAAACCUUCCUCGUCCUCCUUCAAGCUCCAGGACCAAAAUUUGUAGAGCAAUUCUCUCUCUAUUGAAUAUUCUGCCUGAUUCUGACAUUGUCCUCCAUCAUCUUUCAGGGAAAUAAUUUUUUAGAGAAUAGUCAUUGGCAUGUCGUUUAGUAAACCCCCAAAUACCAGCUUGUGAACCCCCCCAAAUACCAGCUUGUGAACUCCCAAAUACCACCAUGUGAACCACCCAAAUACCACCUUGUGAACCCCCCCCAAAUACCAGCUUGUGAACUCCUAAAUACCCGCUUUUGAAAUUCCCCAGGACCAGCUUGUGAACCCCCAAAUGCCAGCGAUGUGUCCAGCAAUACAUGUCCCUGGUCAGAUUCUAUUUCUAUGAUCAUGUUUUUUCAUGGAUGAAGCUAUUUAUGACACCGUGUGCAUCUGCUUUAUAACAAUCUACGAGAGUGCUGCACAUAUCCUAUUCCCAUAAGCCUCUGCACACUAUAGUUGUUUUGGGGAACAUACACCUGGUUUUGUCUCAGGCCAUCUGGGAUCAUACAAAACAUGUCAUGCUUUUACCAUAAUGUACUCUGCCUGCCUGCUGUCAGUAUGCUUGGUUAUGUUAGUUAUUAAAGUAGCAUUUCCUGUUUAUAGUUUUGUCUUUAUUUUUAUUUUAGGUUUUCUCUGUUGUCCUCUGUGCAGCCCGACGUGCGUCUUAGGGGAUGUGACUGAAACCCAUUUAUAAAGAAUUUUUCAAGAACUCAUCUCAACAUGGCCAAGGUAAGUGACCCCCGGCCCUUUACAGUUGGCUGUAAAUUUAGCAAACCAAAAAUCUGUUUCCCCCACUGUUUGCUGGGUUUAUCUGCUGAACAGUGAGUGUUAGUAAACUGAAAAUCAAAUUGCUCAAUUUAUUAUAAAAUAGCAAAAAGGGACUGUAGCCAAGAUUGAGAAUAUUUUUCAAAUCAGUUAUUUAAACUUAAAUGUUGCCAUUCACAAAACUGUAAAUGGCAAGAUUUCACUGUUUAGUGAACAAUCCCUUUGGAUGAAUGUACCUAGAGAACCAGAUGUUAUAUUGUAUUUUUAUACCUUGAACCGGCAAUUACACUUGUCAUGGAAAUCUCUAUAUUUAGCUCUAAACUCACCUUGUGUUAUUUAAUUAUAGACUCGGCCUCAGUGAACUGGCUGUUUUUAAAGAUAUUACCAGAUUUCAUCCAUUGCUCUUAAACUGCUUUUAUUGGAUAAAUCAUCUUAAAUUUGCCAAAUUCUGUGACUUUAUCUAAGAUAUGUCAAAGUCGCGCCCCCACCCCAAAAAGUAAAUCUAUUUAGAAGUUAUAAUUAAUAACAUGGACUUUGUGCACGCUAUGUUCGCAGGUUAUAUAAUAUUGUGAUAAAUCUUUAUUUAUUAACCCUUUGCAAGCUGUUGAGUUAGAACUGUUAUUACCCGGAUCCUCCAAUCAAUAAAUAAAUAAGUAUGUGGGAUGGAAUAGAUUUUACCAUUUAAUGCAACAUAGUGUGUUAGGAUAGAGAUGGCAAACAUUACCGUGUCAGAAGAAAUACAAUUAAUGGAGGGGCUGUUUCUGUGCCUGGUGUUUGUGGACUACACCUCCCAUAAUGCUCUGCCAGUGGUGAAAAUUCUUCAUACCGUCUGAGCCUAAUGGGAAAUGGCACCACGAGCUGAGAAUUAUGGGAAAUACAGUGAACAGUCUGAGAACAAGCAAAGUAAAUAAGGUCGAUAAAAAAAACCAAAACAUUUUGUGAGCUACUGUUUUAUCUUGUUGUUGUUAAUUUGUUUUUCUAAAUCAGAGAAGCUUGAGGCUGCCCCGCUUUUUUACUUCAGCCAUUCCUUGGUACGCAGAGAUCCCAGGGGCCAGUAACAUACUAGUGCAGGGGUAGGCAACCUACGGCACGUGUGCCAUGCAUGGCACUCAAGAUGCCUUUGCACGGCACUCAAGGUUGCCAGAGCCAAACAGGCAUUGGCAUGUCAGAUAUCUGCUAGUGCAAACUAAGUGGUGAUUGCAGGUGGCAAGGGGCAAUCCUUCAUUUACCCAUUGCAGCGCUUAAAGGAAGUGAUCUCAGAUCACUCCAUCCCAACACUUAUGAACUGGUACCUGCACUACAGUAGGGCAGCCCACAGCAGCUAUCACAGAUUUUGACCUGCACCUGGCCAACCCGUUGCUCACUGGAUCCCAGAGAUGCCACCCACACUGCUAGAUAUAUACACAUAGCUGCAAAAGAAGCCUUCCUGUUAUACAAAUAAUAUAAAUAGCCCACAACCACAACACCACUGACUAUCCACAUACACGCACACAACCUCACAUGCAAUACUCCAAGCCCCUCACAUGCAAUACUCCAAGCAGCCCCACACAUAUACACAUCACCAAACACAAUGUGAUAUAACAUCCACACACACAAUUCUGCAAGCAGCCCCCAUACACAGCCCACAUUUAUAGGUACAUACGCAAUAUCACAAACUACUCAUAAAAAUAUACAAUAUAACAGUCCACAUACACAUAAAUACAAUGCUACAAAGCAACUGCAGCAACCAUAAAUUACACAAGCAGAAUACAGUAACACACAUCUCAAUUUUACAAAAAUAGGACCGGCACACCAAGGGACUUCAACAUCUUGUUUUGGCGCAGUACUACAAAAAGGUUGCCUGCCCCUGUACUCGUGUUUGGUGUAGUGAUUUAAUGAGACGCUACGAGUCGCAAGCUACUUUCUUAUUUUAUCAUUCUUAUUUUCUCACAUUGCAAUGCAUGAAACAAAUUGCAAGUACAGAAAUAUAUGCGUAAGACUCAAUGCAGGCAACAAUAAACAAUAGAGAAUAUAGAUGCAAUGUGAGAGGUUUUGUUUUUGUAUAGACUUAACAAAUAAUAAAUGGAACAAGCAUUUGUAAAACCACUGGUGCAGCUGGUAAGCCAACAUACAGAGGCAGCAUACAUAUAUAGUGGUGAUAACCGGUUUGUGACCCAAAAUGGCUAAAAUGCAGCAUAGUCUUCAAUGGGCUCUUAACCAAUUCCACGUUCAGGGAAUAAGCAGUAUGUCCUCCACCGCAGCCACUCAGGCCAGCUGAGGGCCCAAGGGAUCACUGUAUGCCAAUGUACGCAUCUCCAGGACUUGAGUCUUAAUCAGUGCCCAAUGGCUGAUGACUGAGGGGUUUCCACACACAGGGUGCCAUUUCUGAAAUGCCAUAUAUAAUAUUCUGGCAAGGAUAGGAAAAAGUACCAUGCAGCUCACCAUGAACGUAGAUGUGGUUCGACUUGGGGGAUCAUGUCAGCCAGCGAACUAGGUGUGUGAGAAGAAACAAUAUCAGCCCCAUGGUUGAUGUGCGCUCUGGGUAGCUGUAACAUCAGCUCAGUCCUGGAUUGUUGGCUUAGUGUAUUCCAGAAUCUUGCACACAGGGCGUUGAAGGCUUGAGUGAGUCCUUGACCCCUGAGGACCCAUGGUUGAAUGACGCAGUUCCCGUAGCCAUCUUAGUUUUACUUGGGUGCCUCAAAAAGGUCAGCUGAUAUUAAGGCUUCAUGCUAGACCAGGAUGACCACCAUCAGUCUAAAAGGGGGGGACCUGAGCAAGUAAGACAUAUCGACUAGGAUCUAGUGUGUCACAGGUGGGCACAAGAGGAGGACGGAGACCGUCCUCCCCACUCACUUCCUUAGUGGGCCGCAGUCAGCGUCCUAUAGAGGCACCAAAAUCUGUGUUACCAGGCUCUUUCUAGGGACCAGCACCCUGCUAGGACAAUAUGCCUCAGAUUCCUGGUGCCAGGUGAGUUUAUUAUACACAGUUAUCAGCGAUAAGGUGACCGUGCGACUUGCCAGCAUGAUGGUCAGGCAACUCCCCAAAUUUAUUUUAGUUAUAUUUAAAUUGAGUUAGAAAAGAAUUAGAAUAAAUUUUUUUAAAAAGCAUAUUAAAAUAAUCUAAUGAAAUGAUAGUCCCCGCUUGCAUUUCUUGCAUUUGCUGGGUUUUUCAGCUUUUCAUGUGAGCUGUGUGUGAGACCAGGAAGCGUUUCAGCCAAUCAGGAUGCUCUCGUUCUAGUCACUGGAGAAUAAACUUCCCCAUAAAUGUCUGCCCAGAAUGUUUUAUGGAAUGUGUAGUCAAACAAUGGGCAUCCGAUAGGACUGCCUAAGCUGAUAGCAACUGCCCUGUGGCCUUUUUGUGAAUAGAAGUCAAUGCAGCUCAGACUUAUUCAGGGUACCAACAAAAUGUCCCACAAAUAAAUCAAUAAAUUACUGCUUAAAGCAACACACGGGUUGUAACUUCUACAUUCUUAAGAAAAAAUCAUAACGAAAGACGACUGUCGCAGUAACUGAAAAUACCCACUAAAGUCAAUUCAUUUCACAUUUUGUGUUAAAGUAAUUUUGCUUUAAAUAACCUGCACAUUCUUUGCAAAGCAUGAACUGUAUUAAUAUAUUUCUGUCUGUUUCAGAGCUGUUUUGAUUGCACAGAGAAGAAUCCAGCUCACAGUCUCUGCACACACUGCAAUAAAUGGCUGUGCAGCACGUGCGCCGAACAACACCGACACAGCAAGUCUGCCGGCGACCAUUUCCUGUCUCAAAGAGGAUCAGGUGAAUUGUCCUGCACGUCUCGUAAUGCUGGCACUGCAAUAACUGUGUCAAACACUGUAUCAUUAUAUGGGGCAGCCCUGGCUAACUCUGGCACUGCAACCACUGUAUCAUUAUAUGGGGCAGCCCUGACUAACUCUGUCACUGCAAUCACUGUGUCAAACACUGCAUCAUUAUACGGGGCAGCCCUGGCUAACACUGGCACUGCAAUUACUGUGUCAAACACUGUAUCAUUAUACGGGGCAGCCCUGGCUAAUGCUGGCACUGCAAUCACUAUAUAAUUAUAUGGGGCAGCCCUGGCUAAUGUUGGCACUGCAAUCACUGUAUCAUUAUACGGGUCAGCCCAGGUUAACGCUGGCGCUGCAAUCACUGUAUAAUUAUAGGGAGCAGCCCUGGCUAACGCUGGCACUGCAAUCACUGUAUCAUUAUGUGGGGCAGCCCUGGCUAAUGCUGGCACUGCAAUCACUGUAUAAUUAUAUGGGGCAGCCCUGGCUAACGCUGGCACUGAAAUCACUGUAUCAUUAUAUGGGGCAGCCCUGGCUAACGCUGGCACUGCAAUCACUGUAUAAUUAUAUAGGGCAGCCAUGGCUAACGCAUGCACUGCAAUCACUGUGUCAUUAUACGGGUCAGCCCAGGUUAACGCUGGCACUGCAAUCACUGUAUAAUUAUAUGGGGCAGCCCUGGCUAACGCUGGCACUGCAAUCACUGUGUCAUUAUACGGGUCAGCCCAGGUUAACGCUGGCACUGGAAUCACUGUAUAAUUAUAUGGGGCAGCCCUGGCUAACGCUGGCACUGAAAUCACUGUAUCAUUAUACGGGGCAGCCCUGGCUAACACUGGCACUGCAAUCACUGUAUCACUAUACAGGACAGCCCUGGCUAACGCUGGCACUACAAUCACCGUAUCGUUAUAUUCUACACAAUCCAUAUAAAAUCAACGCACACCCAUUGUGUUGGGCUGCCGGGGGAGAAGAACAUUUUAUGAGAGUUGGCACUGCUGUGUUUGGAGAGACUGGCACACUACGAGACUCAGCAUUAAACUUGCUCCUUUGUUUUGCAGGACCAGAGAGUGGCUUCUUGUUCUGUCCUCUUCACAACCAAGAAACGCUGAGGUUGUUUUGUGAGACGUGUGAUGUUCUCAUGUGUCGCCAUUGUCUGUUGUUGGAACACAAAGACCACAGGUAGGAGAACAGCAUCCAGGAUAGAGCAACUGGAUUUAUUAAAGGGGCAUGUCACACGUGAAAUGACCAAUUAAUUUUAUUACAUAGAUAAUGCAUUAAAAAUACCAAACAAUUAAUCCAACAUAAUAAUAAAUAGCCAGACUUAGGCUGCAAACUUAAAAAUGCAUUACAGUUGCAGGAUUGUUCAACCAAUUAAUGGACUGUUGCAGCCAGGUUUGUCUCUUCCACAUGUAGUGGUUUGCGCAACAUAUAAUUAGACACCGGUAAACGGCAUAUUGUAUUGUCAGGGAUCUCUGGAGGAUAAUACAAUCUUAAAGUGUUGGCUGCUAGGUCUUUGCUGGGCUUAGGGAGACCAGGAGAGCCUUGAUUAUUGUCAAACUGUUCAAAAACUAUUUGUCAGGUAACGAGAGAUGCACCCAGACUCCUUGCACCAAAACCACUACAAUGAGUUGCAUUGCUUAUAGAGAUGCAAGUGUAACUUUUGUAAAUCACGCCAUGAGAGAACUGGGCCUCAGUGGCUCUGUAUAUGUAAAUAUUGGAAGAUUUCUACUCAUGUUGAAUGGAUGCUUGCAGUAUGUUUAACCCCUUAAGGACCAAACUUCUGGAAUAAAAGGGAAUCAUGACAUGUCACACAUGUCAUGUGUCCUUAAGGGGUUAAUGUGCACAUCAGGUGAAUAUUAUUCAGUGUUCUGAAAAUUGUUUUAUUUUUUUAGUAAGUUCAAAAAUCUGUACAAAUGUGAAUAAAGAUAGUCAGAAAAGUAUCACCUUUUUCAUUGUAUAUUCCAGCAGAUUUCUGUGCAUCUACAGUUAAAACCGAUUUAGAAUAAUGUGUGAAUAUUCUAUAUUCUUCCAAUAGAACUGUUGUAAGAAUGUCUGAAAAUGUAAUUUGAAUUGAAUUACUGACAUGUCGCAAAAGUAAUACAUUGUGGAACAAACAUCAGAAUUGAUCAUUUAUGCCAGAAAAAAAAAUGUAUUUUUAUUUAUUUAUUUAUAAAAUAUUUUACCAGGAAAGAUACAUUGAGAUUUCUCAUUUUCAAGUAUGUCCUGUGUACACAAAUCAUUGCAUUGUUACAUUAUGGUACAAGAAAAUACAAAACCAAUAUUAAUACACAAUAUAUACAAAAUUUAACAUAGAACAGGCAGGAAAUAUAUAAUCAACCAUGACACGUGCAUUCUGUUUUGAGGUAUGUAGAGAGGGAUCUCUUAAAGGAUUUUAGGCUUGGGGAAGAUUUAAAAGUGUGUGGGAGGUCGUACCAUAAUUGAGGUGCUCUGUAGGAGAAGGAGGAUCGGGCUGCUUUCUUUUUGUAUUGAGGUGGUAGACUAAAUAAAGUGCUGGUACUGGAUCGGAGGUUAUAGGAGGUGGGAACAGUCGAGGAGAGCAUUUUGCUCAGGUAGGGUGGGAGUUUCCCAGAAAAGCUCUUAAACACAAGGCUGGAAGGGUGCGUCUGGAUUCCAGCGACAGCCAGUUUAGUUCUUUUCACAAUGGUGGGUCCUGAAAUUAUAUUGUAGCAUGUAUUAAGUUUAUUAAGGUGGGUUUGCGAUGCACAUGGGUAUACUACAUCCCCAUAAUCAACGAUUGGCAUUUGCUCUACAAUCUUUUCCUUUACUGUAGGGCUUAGGCAGGAUUUGUUUCUGUACAGGUUCGGCAGCUAGUUUAGGAUAAAGAUUAGAUGCACAUUUUUCUAUGUGGGGGCCAAAAGAUAGAUUGGGGUCUAACAACAUACCCAGAUAUUUGAAAGAGUGGACUUUUUUGUGCAUAGAUGGGAAUUUUGUAAUAUGUGUAAUUUAGGUAUAUGUGUAAUUUAGGUACUGUUCCAAAGAUCAUUGUGACAGUUUUGUCAGUGUUUAGGAAGAGUUUUUUGCGAUCCGCAGAUUAGUCAGCAUCAUUUUGACAAAUCUACCUCACUGAGCCUUGCUGAUACUUUGCAGAGCUGUUUGAUGUUUCUCUACUUAUUCAUUUCUAGGUUUCGACGUCUGGAUGAAGCUUUACAGAAUCAGAGAGUUCUCUUGGAGAAUGUUAUAACUCAGGUGGAGGAGAAAAAGGUUGGGGUACAGGCAGCUGGCAAGCAGAUUGAGGAUCGGUAAAUAUAUACACAUUUUAUAAUCACUGUGACUCAGAAAUCCUUACUAGCUUCCACUGGAAGGCUAUUCCAUGUGUCUACUACUCUUUCUUUAUCGCUGUUAGCCAUUACUAUUUCCACUAAAGGCCAUUCCAGGUAUCUACUACCAUUUCUGUAUCACUGUUAGCCAUUAUUGCUUCCACUGGAAGGCUAUUCCAUGUACCUACAACCCUUUCUAUAUAACAGUUAGCUUUACUGCUUCCACUGGAAGGCUAUUCCAGGCAUCUACUACCCUUUCUAUAUCACUGUUAGCCUUUACUGCUUCCACUGGAAAGUUAUUCCAGGUAUUUACUACCCUUUCUUUAUCACUGUUAGCCAUUAUGGUUUCCACUGGAAGGAUAUUCCAGGUAUAUACUACACUUUCUAUAUCACUGUUAGUCUUUACUGCUUCCACUGUAUCUACUACCCUUUCUAUAUCACUGUUAUCCUUUACUGCUUCCACUGGAAGGCUAUUCCAGGUAUUUACUACCCUUUCUAUAUCACUGUUAGCCAUUAUGGUUUCCACUGGAAGGAUAUCUAGGUAUUUACUACCCUUUCUAUAUCACUGUUAGCCUUUACUGCUUCCACUGGAAGGCUAUUCCAGGUGUCUACUACCCUUUCUAUAUCACUGUUAGUCUUUACUGCUUCCAUUGGAAGGUUAUUCCAGGUAUCCACUACCCUUUCUAUAUCACUGUUAGCCUUUAUUGCUUCCACUGGAAGGCCAUUCCAGAUAUUUACUGCCAUCUCUUUAUCAAUCUUAACCUUUACUGCUUCCACUGGAAGGCUAUUCCAGGUAUCUACUACCCUUUCUAUAUCAUAAUUACCCAUUACUGCUUCCACUGGAAGGCUGUUCCAAGUAUCUUCUACCCUUUCUAUAUCACUGUUAGUCUUUACUGCUUCCAUUGGAAGGCUAUUCCAGGUAUCUACUACCCUUUCUAUAUCACUGUUAGCCUUUACUGCUCCCACUGGAAGGCUAUUCCAUGUAUCUACUACCCUUUCUAUAUCACUGUAAGCCGUUACUGCUUCCACUGGAAGGCUAUUCCAGGUAUCUACUACCCUUUCUAUAUCACUGUUAGCCUUUACUGCUUCCACUGGAAGGCUAUUACAAGUAUUGAUUAUUAUUAUUGGCAUUUAUAUGGCCCUAAUAUUCCUCAGCGCUGUACAACAUUAUUAAAGGGGACUUUAACAACAAAUGAGACCGACUAUUUCAAAUGUUGACAGGAACAGGUUAAUGAGGAUACUGUUCGAAGCUUACUGACAUGGAAUUAGGGAAUGACAAUUUCAGAAUGAUAGAAAUUGGGUGAUUAAACGUUUAAUAGAUUAAGUAGAUUAAAGUUUAUUGUUUUUAAGGAGAAGAGCUGAAAGGAAUUGACAGCUUCCACAAUUUCUCUUUACAGGUUGUAUGAAGUUAAACACAUGCACAGGAAGGUGGAAAAUCAGAUUAAAAUGACGAAGAUGGUGAUUAUUAAUGAAUUGAACAAACGAAUCAAUGCUUUGCUGGAGCAGCUUGAGGUCAGUUUAUUGGGAUUCAAUGAGCAAAGAGACCAGUUGUCACCUCAUAUCAUUGGUCUGUCACUGGCACCUCAUGUCAUUAGACUGUCACUGUCACCUCAUAUCAUUAGACUGUCACCUCGUACCUUCAGACUGACACUGUCAUCUCAUAUCAUCAGACUGUCAUCUCAUAUCAUCAGACUGUCACCUGAUAUCAUGAGACUGUCACCUCUUAUCAUCAGACUGUCACCGUCACCUCAUAUCAUUGGACUGUCACCUCAUAUCAUUUUGUCACCUCGUACCAUCAGACUGACACUGACACCUCAUAUCAUUAGACUGUCACCUCAUAUCAUUAGACUAUCACUGUCAUCUCAUAUCAUUAAACUGUCACCUCAUAUCAUUAGACUGUCAUUGUCACCUCUUAUCGUCAGACUAUCACCUUGUAUCAUGAGACUGUCACCUCAUAUCAUUAGACUGUCACCUCGUACCAUCAGACUGACACUGUCACAUCAUAUCAUGAGACUUUCACCUCAUAUCAUGAGACUGUCUCUGUCACCUCGUACCAUCAGACUGUCACCUCAUACCAUCAGACUGUCACUGUCACCUCAUAUCAUGAGACUGUCACUGUCAGCUCGUAUCAUCAAACUGUCACUGUCACCUUGUACCAUCAGACUGUCACUGUCACCUCAUAUAAUCAGACUGUCACUUCAUAUCAUCAGGCGAUUACUGUCACCUCGUACCAUAAUAAUGUCACCUCAUACCAUCAGACUGUCACUGUCAUCUCAUAUAGUCAGACUGUCACUAUCACCUCAUAUCAUUAGACUGUCACCUCAUAUCGUCAGACUGUCACUGUCACCUCAUAUCAUCAGGUGAUCACUGUCGCCUCGUACCAUCAGACUGUCACUGUCACCUCGUAUCAUCAGACUGUCACUGUCACCUUGUACCAUCAGACUGCCGCUGUCACCUCAUAUCAUUAGACUGUCACCUCGUACCAUCAGACUGACACUGUCACCUCAUAUCAUCAGACUGUCACUGUCACCUCAUAUCAUUAGAUGGUCACUGUCACCUUGUAUUAUCAUACUGUCACCUCGUAUCAUUAGAGAGUCACCUUGUAUCAUUAGACUGACACUGUCACUGCGUAUCAUCCGACUAUCACCUUGUAUCACCAUCAGACUGUGACUGUCACCUCGUAUCAGACUGUCACUGUCACCUCGUAUCAUUAGACUGUCAGGGUGCCGAUAUUAUAAGACUAUUAACAAUAUUAAUGAAAACGAUCACUUGGGAUACUAAGCGCAACCCUGAGCUGAUGAGGGGGCUCAUCCUUUUGGAAGAUUUAGAUUCUCUUUGGUGCUGUCCACACACUCAGUGCUUUUAUCUUGUGGGUUUGCAUCUCGUUCUAAGGUUUUAUUUUUCUCUCAAUGUUUUAAUCACUAAAAGGCGAGGAAUUAAAAUUUCAUGGAAGUCUGAUAUUUCUUCCCAGAUGGAACUUAAUACCUACCCUCAUUUCUUGAGGUUAAUUUCACAUUAUUAUUAUUAAUAUCGUUAUUGUUUGUUAGUAUGAGAUUUGGGAAUAUAUUAACCCAUGUUUUCAAAUUCUCUUUUAGAAAAUUACAAGUGAGAAGCAGCACAAGCUCGAGCAGCAGCUCCAGUCUGUAUUGGUUCUGAACCGGCAGCUGGAGCACGUCCAGAACUUCAUUAACUGGGCCAUGUAUGGCAAAAACAGCAUCUCAUUCCUGUUUAGCAAGGAGCUGGUACGUACACUGCUAAUGUCGCUAAAUGUUGUUGUCCCCGUUUAUGGCAUCCCUGUAUGAGAAUUGAGGUUCCUUUGUUAGAAUUUAGAUCUUUUUAUAACAUUUUAGAUCCUUAUAUAAGCAGUAGCUACCCCGUCAGGAUUGGUUGCUGCUGUCCCGCCUGCCCAUGAUUCUCUGAAGGCUCAGGCCUUUCUGGACUGCAUGGCUAACUUAGGACUCGUUUCUAAUCAUCACUAUUUUUUACUGGCCACGUUGACUCCUUGCCCUUUGGACUCCCAAUGACUCCCAAUGUGUCUACCAGCAUUUUCGCUCCUUCUAUGACAAGCUAAUGAGAGAGAAGCAAAUGUGACAUUAUAAACCAACGAUAUGUGUGGGUGGACCAUGAUGGAAGAAUUAUCCAAAAUUAUAAUUUUUAGAACGUUGAUGGUAAAAUUAUAAUUUUUAGAAUGUUGAUGGUAAUUUUCUUCACCAUUAAUGUUGUCUUGUUUUUAAUUUGAAUGUUUUUUAAUAUAUUUUUUUAUUUUAUUCUCCAGAUUGUUUUCCAGAUGCAACGUCUCCUGGAAACAAAUUGUGGUUCCGAUUUUGGACGCCCCAUGAAGCUCAAGUUCAGUUGGGAGCCAUCAUAUUGGAGCAAGCAGAUAGCAAACUUGGGUAAUACAUCAGUGAUUUACUUAUAAGAUGUUAUCUUCCGUAGAGUUAUUGUUUGACUGGUAGACAAGCAUUAUCCUUAUUUCAAUUGAGCAACAAUUUUAAUAUCAAAUAAUAAAUUACCAUAAAAACAACAAUUACCAUUCAAUGCCUAAAUCUUUACUGUAACAGGAGCAUCCAUCGUGAUCUGAUAUUUUUAGUAAUUAAGGAAUGUGAAGGUUUGUCAUGGCUCUACUUUGUGUUUUUGAUGAUAAUGAGAUAAAUCUUAGCUUUAAAUACAGUAAGAAUAUAAAGUGUCCCUUCUGUGUCUCUUGUCAUGUCUGCAGGUAACAUACUGACAGAAGGUGCCAAUGCCCCUCAGAUGGAGGUAGCUAGCUAUGGGUCGGUGGAUGAUGCUCAGUCCACCUAUUAUCAAACCCAUCACACAUCGAGCACACCUCACCCUGGAUCCAUCAAUACUCCACAAGCCUUUCCUUCUCCAGUUCAGUGCCCGACUCCUGUGUGCUGUGCUCAUUGCUACACUCUGCCUUUAGUUACCAAGGGCCAGUCCACAACCAGCUCCCUCAAUCCACACAUCACCUUUGCGCAUCCCACUGGAAUAAAGCAGCAACCUCUGCAGCCUGUGCAGUACAACUCGGGCAAAGAGCAGAGGUGCACGUCUCGACCUCUGAGAGUCAUUCAACCGUGGCUUACUCAUCAGCCAUCCACGGACCACGAGAGCUCAUCCUAUUGGGUGGAGCAGCAAAAGCAACAACAGGUGGUACAACCCAUACAAACCGUACCACCAGUUUGUUCUGUGACCACUCAGGACUUUGGACAGAUCCAUAAUGUUCACACGACAGUACCUCUGAGCACGCCGUCCUUACAGGCACCCUCCGUACAAAUGCAACUAGGCCCCGUCCACAGUGUGAGUCACAUCCAGCAACAACGACACCAACAUCCUGCACAGCCCACGCUGUGCCAAACCGAGAGUGCCCCCGAGCAGGUUAUGCAUCACAGUCUAGAUAUAAUCAACCAGCAGUUCGAGCUGGAACAAAUGCAGAAAGGCCUGGAACUUCUUCUCCAAAGUCAACCGUCAAAUGUGCAGCUGAACCAGAGCAAGCAGCCGCAGCAUGUGCAGCAAACUAUAGUGGGACAGAUCAACUAUAUAGUGCGGCAGCCAGCCACGGUUCCAAUGCAGACACAAGAGGACGUACCACAGGUGAGAUUCCGUGAGUCCUUUAAUGGUAUUCUUAGAAUGGGUUCUGAGCCUUGGCAUAAAAUAAUCAACAGACCAAUGAAGGCCAACACGGGUACCACAACUUUUCCAUACAAUAGGCAGAAAGAAUCGCCUAUGGGGUACUGGGAUAUUUCAGAGUUUUUAAAGAAGUUUUCUAUACUGCGUGCUGCUUAAUUCCCAGAGUGCACUCGGUCUCCAUUUCCAUUGACUACCUAUUUGCCACAUCAUUAAAUCGCUGCAAUAUCUUUUUUUUAACUGGAGCCAGACUCUGUUGAGAAAAGUGGGAUAUAUGCCUGUCCAGCUAUAAUUAUUAUGAUUAAACCAGCCGUAUUUGCUGACUUUGAUUUUAGAGUUACUUUUUAUAUGUUACAUGGUAGUAUACAGCACAAGGAAGGCCAGAUUACUCUUUUCUGAUUUGGAUCGUUUGCUAUGUUGGUGCACCUCCCUUGUAAUUGCAGCAGUAUUAUAGCAUCAAGGUAAUAGCGCUGAGUAUGUUUGUUUUUAAAAUUUUGAAAUAUUACCUGUAUUAUGGCUUAUUUACAUACGUAUGAUUUCACACAGGUUUGCGAUGAUACCAUAUCACCGGGUCAUACUGUGGACCUCUCACCGGUUACCACCAACUCUCCCGGUAUCAUGCAGACACAGUCCAUAGCAGACGAGAUUAUCGCUGCCGUGGAGAGCGACGCGUGCCGAAUGAACCAGUUCUCUGCAAAUCCAGUGAGGAAGGUGAUUACUUUACAAAGGACCACACUUAAACAGCAGAGAAUGACAUUAUGCAGGGCCAUAUUGAUAGAAUCAAAUUAAUUAAUGACACAAAAUGGCUUGGAUGGCAGCAUCCAGACAGAAAAUGUGUAACUCAUGGGACGUGACGAAUUAAAUGGAAUUUAGUCACGACAAUGUAAAAAAAUGCACCAUGCUUAGAUGACAUUUUGCUAUACAAUUCCACACCUUUCCGUUAUCUGGUGUUACCUGCGCUGUGCGGAAACGUGGAAUCUGAGAAUACACAGCCAUCGUCCUGUCCUCUUUAUUCUCACAAACAGAAAUCAUUCACAGCUUAUUCACAACGGACAGCCGCAAAGGCAGGAUUGUGCUGUCAGGGAUCAUGCGCAGUCCUACAGAUAGUAACAUUAUUUAUACACAUACACCAUAACUAAGAGCAGCUGGUGUGCCGGAGGGCUCUGCUCCCUGGCCGUUUCAAUCCCAGCAGCCUUGUUAUCUGAGAAAUAAGAUAUAAUUUGUAUUUUGCUCUCAGGAAAGUAGCAGAAGAUCACUACAGAAAUCUAUCUAUCUAUCUAUCAUAUCUAUCUAUCUAUCUAUCCAUCCAUCCACACAUCAUCUAUUCAUAGAUAGAUAGAUAUUCGUUUUGGAGUUACAAUAUUAGCUGUGUUAAUCCAGUGAUUAACUCAAGUAUAAAACAUUCAUGAACAAAAUGAUAUUAUUUUCUCUCUUUUUUCCCCCCUCCUACUCUAAUUAGACCUAUGUACUAUCUGCGCUGAGGUCACUUUAACCCCUAUAUUACAAAUCAGGUGUCAAUCUAUGCGUUAUUGUAUGUAUCAAGUCUAUGAGUAAUUUUGCACAGUAAUGCUUUAAGCUCGAUAAAUGUAAAAGCUCCUCAUUUGAAAAUUCUGUUAGUCUCUGUUCCUGUACAUCCAGGUGUCUGGUUAUAAUUACAUGUCUGUUAGUCCACCAAUUGUACAGCGCUAUGGAAUCUGAUGACGCUAUAUAAAUAAUAAAAUAAUAAUAAUUAUAAGAUAAUACGAUUUUCUAUUAUUUUCCAUGCAUACAUAUAUAUGUGUAUAUAAUAUAUAAAUAUAAUGUGUGUUUUGUCAUGUUUUAUUUUAGCGUUCAGCCUCGGUGAGUUUCCCAAACACAUCAGAGCUGGAAUUAUCGUCUCCGAGAUUGUCGCGGUCAGUCGAUCCACAGAUGCAGGCUGUUUCAUGUCAGUUUUUUGGUCAGGGCCCGGAAAGACCAUUUUCCCCUGUCACGGAGACAGAGAGAACAAGUUACAGCACCGUGGAAGCAGGUAUCUCGGAUCCAGUACAUCUCGGCUCUGCAGAUCACCUAGCAACAACUGCGCCACUCCUGGGAAACGCCAUCUGUAAGGUAAAAUUUACUGAUACACCUGGGUCCACAGGCAGAAUUCACACGGGGAGCCACACUUGUUUAUUUCCCUGAGCUCCAGAAGUAAAAUAUCCUGUUGUCAAAAUGUAUCUUUAUUUCCAAGGACGUACUGUUAACCAUUUGAUUGCAGAAGGAGAGACUGAUGCAUCUUCUUGGAUGACAUCAUUUUGUUGUGCAAAGGAUAAAUGAAUAAUAUAAGCCUGUAUUCAGAAUGCUGUAGUGCCCCUGUCCCUAGUUAAUAAAAUAAAAGUUUUAUUUACAUUUUUCCGGCGGUGAGAGUCCCUUUGUGCUGCUCACCUCCGCGCCUCCUGCUACGUCAGCGGUAAUGUAUGGCUUCCUCAGGUGAAGUUCCAAUACAGUACUCCUCAUAGAGGAGUACUGGGGACCCAAUGUGCAUGUGCGGCCAAUUAAUCUAAGCUACACUUUAGGAAUGCAUUGAAUCCAAUUCAUUUCUAUGGGCUGCCACAUCAUGUGACCAAGUUUUACUCGGUCCAUGCAGUGGAAGCGCCUCUAGUGGCUCUAGGAAGAUAACUGCUAGAAGUGGUUUAACCCUCUAGUGGAAACAUUGCCAUUUCUUAAAGUGUCACUGUCACUUUGCCGCUUGUGGUCCGGUGGCCAGGGGGCAGGGUAAGAUGAGAUUUACUUACCUGAACCUGCCCCUUGCAGGACCCGACACCUUCCAGCCAGUCCGCUUCUGCUCGAGCCGACGUCACUGCUGUAAUCUUACGCAUGUGCAUGUGACAGUGCCACUUUAAAAUCUACAUUAUACAUUGCAGGGUUAAAAGGACAGGGAGACAGCAUGGACAGGCACAUUGAGAUAUAGUGGUCUGGGGGACUGUAGUUUACCUCUAAAGAUAAAAUUGUAUGUAGUCACUGUUCUAGUUAAAUCACAUGACUGACAGAUACGUUACUUUAUGCAAAAUGAACAAGCUGUAACUAUAAUAAAGAUGGAGUUUUGUAAAAAGAGUGCUAAUCCCAGAGUUAGUUUUAAAUACAAUGUGCAACACAAGACAAUGCAUUAAAUAACCUUCCACAGAAUAUUAACAUUAAAUAAUAUUUUAAUUAGUAGUCAGCAGCCCAUUGGUACAUAAUAUUUGAUAGAGUCCUAACCUCAACAUCCGAGGAAAGGGAUUUAGGGGUUAUUAUUUCUGAUGACUUAAAGGUAGGCAGACAAUGUAAUAGAGCAGCAGGAAAUGCUUGCAGAAUGCUUGGUUGUAUAGAGAGAGGUAUUAGCAGUAGAAAGAGGGAAGUGCUCAUGCCAUUGUACAGAACAUUGGUGAGACCUCACUUGGAGUAUUGUACACAGUACUGGAGACUGUAUCUCCAGAAGGAUAUUUAUACUUUAGAGAGAGUUCAGAGAAGGGCUACUAAAGUGGUUCAUGGAUUGCAGGAUAAAACUUACAAGGAAAGGUUAAAGGAUCUUAACAUGUAUAGCUUGGAGGAAAGACGAGACGGGGGGAUAUGAUAGAAACAUUUAAAUACAUAAAGGGAAUCAACACAGUAAAGGAGGAGACUAUAUUUCAAAGAAGAAAAACUACCACAACAAGAGGACAUAGUCGUAAAUUAGAGGGACAAAGGUUUAAAAAUAAUAUCAGGAAGUAUUACUUUACUGAGAGGGUAGUGGAUGCAUGGAAUAGCCUUCCAGCUGAAGUGGUAGAGGUUAACACAGUAAAGGAGUUUAAGCAUGCGUGGGAUAGGCAUAAGGCUAUCCUAACUAUAAGAUAAGGCCAGGGACUAAUGAAAGUAUUUAGAAAAUUGUGCCGAAUGGUUGUUAUCUGCCGUCACAUUCUAUGUUUCACAAUCUCACACUCCCGGCUCUCUGUAUUAUGGUCUAUCAAUCUUUAUCAAUAGGUUGAGAAUGAAGACUUCAGCUGCGGAAAUUCAUCCAUUACCACUGCUCUGGGAAAUGACAGCUCAAAUACUCUGAAUGAUUUAGUUAUGCCUUUAGAAAAUAUUUUCGAUGAGCCAAUCAAUUUGUCCAUUAAGAGAUGCGUCCCGUCUGAGUCUUCCUCUGUGGCCAGGAGAAACAACACACCGCAACCGCCACCUCCUCCUCCUAUUAAACAACUAAAAAACGAAGCAGGUAUUUAUUUACCACCAGGGAUUCUGGGUAAUAUCACACCUUACCCCAUAAUCACACAGUAUAAAGAGCGCCCCCUGCAGCCAAGGAUUCUGGGUAAUAACCUGCCUUACCCCAUAAUCACACAUUAUACAGAGCGCCACCUGCAGCCAGGGACUCUGGGUAAUAACCCAGCUUACCCAAUAAUCACACAGCGUACAGAGCGCCCCCUGCAGCCAGGGAUUCUGAGUAACAGCCUGGCUUUUGUUUCAGUUUGCACUAAUUAUGAGACUUAUUUUGGUAAAAAUGGGAUAUAAAAGAAAUGUAUUGUACUUGGACUUCCACUUGUCUGUAUGAUGAUGAUGAUAAAAGUUAUCAUACGGAGAAUAUCAGAUGAAAUAUGUAGCCAGCAAUGACUCAUGUCUAAAUAUCACUCUGUAUAUUAUUUCUUUUAGAUGAAAAUCAUAGUUUUAAUGAGCAUUUUACCGAAGACAUUAAACGGAGUGAAAACACAAACAGGUAAAUAUCAAAUGUGUUUAGACUAAUCUGAAAUAAAUGUCACCAUCUUAUUACAGCAAAGAGUGUAAAGAAUAUGACAUGCCGUUUUACUGAAAUGGAUGUGCUCCAUGUCCAUAUAAACUGCAUUAUAUAUAUCUCUGGAUCAGUAAACAAUCUAUAACACGUCUGGAAAACAACAAACAAUAGGGGUUUCAUGGGAAAUUGUGCAAAAAGGGCACAAUUAAAGGUUGCGCCUAUGUAUAAAAUGACCUAAUCAUUCAUUUGUCUCCAGAUAUGUAUAAUAUAGGUUCAAAAUCACUUUAUUGAACUACAAUUCUUUGCCAUCCUGUGUCUGGUGUUAAAAUGUCACAAAUUAAAGGAAAACCGUCACCUCAAAAUUAUCUUUAGUAUAAAAAAACCUUCACCAAGUUUUGAAAGGAAAUAGAAUUUUAUGAAUGAAGUAUGUGUAAAUGAGAAAAACCUCAUCCCUACCUUUAGUGUAUGACAGUAUCCUACAGCCAUAAACAUACACCUUGGGUUGGACUGCAUUUGAAUCUGACAUUUAGUCUCUAUGUUCUUCCCUGUUUCGGUGCAGGGAGUGAAGCAGGGAAGAUCAUAGAGACUAACUCUCUGUAUUCAAACGCUGUCCAACCCAAGGUGCAUGUCUAUGGCUGAAGGAUCCUGUCAUAUAUUAAAGGUAGGGAUAAUUAUUAUUAUUUUUUUUUUUUUUUUUUUUACAUAUACUUUAUUUAAUAUAUAUAUAUAUUUGAUUUUAAACCUUGGUGAAAGGACUAUAUUAAAAAUAGUUUUGAGGUGACAGUUGUUCUUUUAAAUUCGUGCAGAUGUACUGCAUUUUGUUCUCAUCUUCAUACACGCGGUGCAGGCACAAAGAUAAAGUUAUCACCAUAUGGUCCGCGUAGUCCAUUUUGCCAGGAGGCUUUCCUGUUUGAUGAGAUAGAUUGUGGGUAUCAUGUACGGUAAAGUCUGGAAACACAUUAUUGAUAUCAGUGCGAAUGUUUUUGUUUUUUUCUCCAUAAUUGUGUCUCAGAUUGCUUCCCUGAUUUAAAAGAGUCUUACCCUUCCUGCCUGAUAGCUUAUUGACCCGACCUGUAAAAUUGUUAAACUGAGACAAUAUGGUGCUUCUUGUAUACCGUACUUUACUCAAAUCAAUAAACUUUUAUUUCCAAAAUAAAUAUAUAUAUAUAUAUAUAUAUAUAUAUGUAUCAGUAAAUAGAUCACACUUGGUGUUAGAGAUUGCACCAUUAUUUAUACAUAACCCCAAAAUUGUCUGUGAUCUCUUCUGGCUAUCUGAGCAUCAUGAAAAAUGUAAAGGUUUAACAGUUAAUAAGAUAUUUUUAGGAGCCUACAUUCCAGAAUGUGUCAUUUAGGCCAUCUCUCUUACACCUGUCUCAUUUUUGAAUUCUGCACUAGUUAAAAAAAAUAUAUUUUUUUGAAAAAUUAGUAGGCAUUGGGAAAUAGGAACAUUCACAAAACGUGUUGUCUUCUAACAUCUAAUAUUUUUCUGAUUGGAGAGAGAUUGUUAUAGGCAUGCAUGACAUAUUACAAUGUGCUCAAUUCGAGGUUGGUUUAGGGUUAUGGUGUCUUAGAGUUUAGGAAUACCUGCCUUUAGUAUGCAUUUUGCUGUAACUCACAUGAUCCGCAGACGGUCUAUUUUACUUAUAUUGGUCUGUAAAUAUCAUCCUGGUAUCACACAGUAUUGAAGGUAUCGCAUGUAGAAUUCAGUAAUGUGUUCCGUACCCUUUCCAGGAAAUAAAUGUUUCUGUGUUCCAUCAGAUCAGAAGUAAAAGAAACUAAGAUCCCCUAUGUACGCCUGGAGCGUCUGAAAAUCUGUCCCCCUGAUUCCGGUGAGCUUCCGGUGUUUAAAGUGCAGCCUCAAAACAAAGAUGAAGAUGGGUCUCUCCGUUUGCUUAUUAAAUAUGGGGCCAGAUCUAAGAGCAUGUCCAUAAAGGUAGGUAGUGGUCCUGUAAUGGGAUAUCCAAACUCCAGCUGAUAUAGAGCAAUCCUCAUGCAAUAUGCCCCUCUGACUUGGACCACUGCCCACUUGUGACACCCACUAGCACAACAUUGACCAUUAGACUGUUACAAGACGCAAAAAAAAGAUUUGUCCUAAAUUAAUUUUUUGUUUGGGUGGAUUGAAAUUUGUCCAUGUGGCAUUUCAGCUUGGACGAAUCUCAACCAUGGAAUCAUCUUAGAAAAACUUUUUUGGACAAAUCAAAAGGGCACAAAAAUGGGCCGAUCGGUGUACUUCAAAAUAUAUACAUAAACAGGACAGACGCAUUUUACACCACUUUGUUCACAGAUCAAGAUGAUGAGACAAAGUAACCAAUAAAUGGAAAAAGAGGAAGAGCAAUACAAAAACACCUUUAUUUAUAUUUUUAUACCUAUGAAAUAUUUACAUAUAGAUUUGUUUUACUGCUCUUCAUUUUGUUCCUUCUAUUGGUCAUUUCUCGCUUGAUCUAUUUUUCCUCUUCCUAGUAAUCAUCUCGUUUUUUUUUUGUGGCGCCGUGGGUGAUGUUCAGAAUCACCCAACAAAUGUAACUGUUUGUCCAUUGUCCGUGUUGUUGUUUUUUUUUUAUACAUCCAUAUGGUGCUUAGGAGUUAUGGAAUUCAGACGACCUGCUAAUCGCCCAAAAUUCUGAUGAAUUGCAAUUUGUUUGAAAAACCCGAAUGGACAAGUCUACUGGCCAAACUUGGUGUGUUAUCAGAUUGGCUUUACAAGAGGCAGGGAACCAUUGUAUUUGAUAUCUAUUCUCCAGCCUGCAAUGCAGAAUAUCAUUUGGAUUUUUAACUCCUUAGUUAAUUCCAGAUCAUAAUGUUAACAUAAUUUCUAAUUUGGUUGUGUUUUAGGUAAACCCAGACAGUCCGUACCCUUCCCCAUCAACCACAGACAUACCAUCUCAGCUGCCGUUGAUAUUUGGUUCAGAAUCGGUAUCUCAGAUGGCCACUCGCUCAUUUCAUCAGCUCCCGCAGCAAGUCAAACCCUUUUCCAGGUUAAAUGCCUUUGCUAGCAGUGCUCAGGAGUCCAGGGGUCCUCUAGAUCUGUCGGAUAGUUCCAUGGGCAGCCGAACAUCUGACUGCAAGGUCAAUGCUGGACCCUCAACCACAAAGAAGUCCUUUGAAGACCCAAAUCAGAUAGAGAAUGAGGAUUUCUGUGCUGUGUGUUUGAACGGAGGGGAGAUGCUGUGCUGUGAUCACUGCCCAAAAGUAUUUCACCUCUCGUGCCAUGUUCCAGCACUCCUGAGCUUUCCAGUGUGAGUACAUCAAUGGGGCCGAGAAGGGAGUCACAAAAAAAAAAAAAUUACGGUUGGCACCUGGUGCUUUGACAUUUUAUUUACAUUUAAUAGUCAUACGUUUCUUUGCUAAGUAGAAAAGAUCAGGUUUCCUCCUAACGUACUCAUUGAUACCAAGCAAACAUGACUAUAGGUUAUUAAGUUCAUAUUGAUUAUUAUUUGCAUUAUUGGUGUGAUUUUUCUCUCUUGAAAAUUUAGUUGAGGACUCUGUGUGUUGGGUCUUGUGAGACCUAUUUAUAUAAUUUUUUUAUUUAUUGGUUUCGAAGUACAUUGAUUAAUGAGAUGCACCCCAGGCGGCGAGUGUCUUUUUUUUUUUUUUUUUUACUUAUUAAUUAAAUUGAAUAUCUUGUGUAUUACAUUUUCUUAUUUAAUGUUCAUAAGUCAGUUCUGCAGCCAUAAGGAAUGUAUUGUCAUUGUAUUAGUAAAAUAGCACAUGACCCUGUUGUUAGUGUUUGCUGUCGAUGUUGAUGUAAAUUAUUGGCUGUGCAUGCUACAUGGGGGUGGUAUUAGCAGGAGAAUUUAAAAAUGUUUAAAUAUUUCUUUCAGCGGUGAAUGGGUUUGCACAUUAUGUAGAAACCUGAACAAGCCAGAGGAAUAUGACUGUGAUAAUAUUCGGUAUAGCCUUGAAACGAAAGAUGAAGAGGGGAAUUUGCCAAAUCUUGAUGAAUACGACCAAAGGGUAAAGGAAAAAUAAUAUCAUUUUUGUAUUCUUAAUGUGCUUUAUAUUCAUUUUGAAUAAUGUGUUUUAUCUACUGCAAUUUUUAUUUGAUUCCACCAAAGUUAUGUGAAAAUAGACACCAGCUCUGCACCGUUGUGAGAAAGCUCUCUCUAUUAAUCCACUCUACUCUGUAAAUUAAUUUUCUUGUUUAAUUUUCGCCUCUUUUGAUUAUCUGGGUGUUGGCAUCACCUCCUGUUUCAUAAGACUCAGGCAUCUUCCCAAACUGUCUUGUUACCAUUACUUAUGUUUGUGUUUAUCUGCUCUCGAGUAUGUUAGUGCUUCAUAAAAUGAUAACUGAAACAGUUUAAUAAAACCACGUAAAAACCUAUUACACUCUUUAAUUUAAAGGAUCACUAUAGUGCUAGGAAAACAUACUCGUUUUCCUGGCACUAUAGUGCCCUGAGGGUGCCCCCACCCUCAGGGUCCCCCUCCCGCCUGGCUCUGGAAGGGGGAAAGGGGUAAAAACUUACCUUUUUCCAGCACUGGGCGGAGAGCUCUCCUCCUUCUCUCCUCCUCCGUUCCGCCCCGUCGGCUGAAUGCGCACGCGCGGCAAGAGCUGCGCGCGCAUUCAGACGGUCGCAUAGGAAAGCAUUUACAAUGCUUUCCUAUGGACGCUUGCGUGCUCUCACCGUGAAAAUCACAGUGAGAAGCACGCAAGCGCCUCUAGUGGCUGUCAAUGAGACAGCCACUAGAGGAAUUGGAGGAAGGCUUAACCCAUUAAUAAACAUAGCAGUUUCUCUGAAACUGCUAUGUUUAUUAAAAAAUGGGUUAACCCUAGCUGGACCUGGCACCCAGACCACCUCAUUAAGCUGAAGUGGUCUGGGUGCCUAGAGUGGUCCUUUAAUAAAGUGGCUCUGUUACCUUCUGGGGUCUUUCCAAAUUGUUCAAAGACCUUUGAUUGUGAUUUUGCCGCUGGUGGUUCGGUGGCUGCACGGGUCCUGGUAAAGGUGAGUUUUAUUUACCUGAACCUGUUCUUCUCAGCCACUGCCAUCUUCUUCCUCGAGGUUCUCUUCAGCUCCUGUCCUUUCAUCUGCUAGUAGCCAACACCAUUGUUGUACUCUUGUGAAUGUGUGAGAGUGCUACAGAGAUGUCUGUGGAGGCUCUUGUGAGACCUCUGUACAUAGACAGAGUCUUCUUCCCCUCAGCCGUCACCAGGAUUCCUCUCCUACAACUGUCACAAACCCUUCCACUUCUCCCCCCAAAUAAACCCAAUAGGUCUUCAGUAAAUACUAUUUACUUUUCUACCACUACCUUUUGUGUCACAUUACCCCACUCCCUUAAUCAUGUAAGCUCAUUGAGCAGGGCCCUCAAACCCUCUGCUCCUGUGCGUCCAACUCGUCUUGUUACAGUUACGUGUUUGUUAGUCCACCCAUUGUACAGCGCUGCAGAAUUUGUUGGCGCUAUGUAAACAAUAAUAAUGGAGGAGUACUAAACAAGACUUGACAGCAAUAGCGUCUUUUUUUUUAGGUGUUGUCAAUCGUUCCUACUUUGUCUUAUGAUAUCUUUUCAGUGAAAUUCCAACACAGACUUUAUGAGCAGUGGCGUACUAAGGAGGGGGCGGUACGCCCCGGGUGCCACCAGGGUGGGGGUGCCAUGACCCUGGUCUGGGUGCUGGAGGGGGCUGUGUGAGCUGUACGGCCUCACAGUGCUCCCCCAUGGUAGUUAGGGUGCCGGGCGACCAGAACAGCUCACACAGGCAAAGAGCAGCUGAACUGGCUGCACAGAGAUAAAGUGGGGGCGGAGCUAAUACAAAUUGGGGGCGGGGCUUAAUACAGCCCUCACCCGCUGCUGUUACUGCUGCACAUGGAGGUGUAGCAAGAAGGAAUCCCUGCUUCUCCACAGGCUUCAGGGAAGGACUUCAGUGAAUCCAGUCCUCCUCUAGCCCACUGUCUGUAAGUAAGAGUGUGUGUCUGUGUGUGUGACUGUGUGUGUGUAAGACUGUCUACCUGUAACUGUGUGUGUAACUGUCUGCCUGUAACUGUGUGUAGCGGAGAGCUGGUAUUACACAGCCUAUCUCCACUUUGGAUCCCAGUGAGGCUCAGGAACAAGCAAUUAUAAAUCCAUAGGGCAAAGUAUCCAGCAGGCAAAAUAACACAGCAGUAUCCCAACAGCACUCCCAAUAACUGGACGACACACAGUAUCAGGAGCAGAACUAAAGAUUUAUUCAUACAGUGGCCUUAUAAAGCCUGCUCCCAUGCAAGGGAGGGAUUUCCAUUCAUUAGUACAGUAGCCAAUCCUGUUCUGGUAACCUCCCACACAUCUCCUCCCCUCAGCCUACAUCAUAAUCCCCUUAUCCAGGACACCAAUUCCCCACGUUUCUGGAUGUACCCCUAAACCUAGGGGUACCGCUUUAAAUUAUACAUACCCUGGUAGCCCUGAUCUGGGUGAACAACAUAUCCAAAAAUCACCCAGAUCAGACCAGGGGUUCAGGAAAUUUAUGGAGGUAUUAAAAUGACCGACCGCGCUGGAAAGAGUAGCCGAAUUGGGUUCCAUGCGAUGGGGCCCUGCGGUCGGUCCUGAAACAAGGGAAUACAUUACACAAAAGCCUCCAGUUACAGAGACUAGGGAGGGUUCGCCUGAAUCCCCUCGUUCAGUUGUUUCUCUCUACCGAACGAGGGGCCGUUCGGUAGUUUGGAACCGAACGGACCGGGCUUGUGGAGGUCUCAGCGGUGUUCGCCUAGUCGAGUGUCCGAUUUGAGUUCCAGACACUCGACGGCAAAACACCGCUGUUCGGGAGUUUUAAAAUGGCCGCCCCCACGUGUUCAUUUCCCGAAUGGUGGCCACCCCCGAGAACAAAGGACUACUACUCAGCUUGUCAAUUACCCGUUCGCAACAAUGUUGCAACGGGUAAUUGAAGGCACACUUCACACCGGGGAGGUCUCACUGUUCGGUAGUUUCAUUCCCUUAUUUGUUGGAAUGAUUCUACCGAACAAUCAGAUGAAUACAAUACAUUUAACACAUAUAACUUUGCCAUUUACACGAAUGCAGUAAAAACCUAUGUAAUUCUCAGGACAGCCCAGUGCCAUCCGCUACACUGUGUGUGUGUGUAUGUGUGUGUGAGACUGUCUGUGUGUAACUGUCUGCCUGUAACUGUGUGUGUGUGUGUGUGUGUAAGUGUGUGUGUGUGCCAAUGUAUAUGUGACUUUCUGCCUGUAACUGUGUGCAUGACUCUGUGACUGCAUGUGUGACUGUCUGCCUGUAACUGUGUGUGACUGUAUGCCUUUAACUGAGUGUGUGACUGUCUGCAGGGAUGUGGGGCUGCAGAGAUUUUGUAGAAGGGGGUAGGGGUUUUGUAUUGGGGCAGGUGUCUUUAUAAGGGGGGAUAAGCAGGGGAUUUGUGGAAGGGGGCUGCGGGGGUAGUACAGGAUUUGUAGAAGGGGGCAGGACAGGGGUUUUUUAGGAGGGGGCGGGGCAGGACAAGGGUUUUAUAGGAGGGGCUGACAGCGGUUUUGCAAAGUUUACAAAUUGUAAAAAAAAAAAAGAAAACCUUUAACAUUUUUUUUGGGGGGGGUUGGGGUGGAGGGGAGGCGAGGGGGUGCCAAGCACAGGAUCCGCCCCGGGUGCCAAAUGCUCUAGGUACGCCCCUGUUUAUGAGUAUUUCAGAAAAAAUUUUAUCGUUAUGAAAUGCCCGUAAUAUUAAUUUCUAGGAGGGUGAGAGGGGGGGCGGGCUAGCAUAGCUGCUUUAAAUGUUUUUCAAUGGCUGGAAAUCUUAAGGCCGGGGAAUGAUCUGUCCUUUGUUGUUUCAUUGCAGAGGUGUGAAAAGAUGGUGCUAUCUCUGUGCUGCAAUAACCUGAGUCUCCCUUUCCAAGAGCCGGUCAGCCCUCUGGUGAGUUGGCGUUUGUUUCCUGGAGAACAGCAUACUCUGGGCACAUUGGCGAGAAGGGAGAACGAGUCCACACUCAGGGGAAGAAUACAUAUGACGCAUUUUUUUACCCAUUAAAAGCACCCUUAGGGAUUCUUUGUUAGAAACCACAAUUUAAAACAAGAAUGGCACCAGUGUAAGGAUGCUUUAUUUAUACAGCGCUAACAGGUGUACUUAGCGCUUUACAGCUUACAUUACCGUAGAGGGAUGUACAGUAAGUGCAGUAGGUAUACAGUGUAUGUAUAUUUUAUUUAUAUAGCACUAACAGGUUUACUCAGCACUUUACAGGUUACAUUACAGUAGAGGGAGGUACAGUAAGUGCAGUAGGUAUACAAUGUAUGCAUAUUUUAUUUAUAUAGCUCUAACAGGUGUACUUAGCACUUUACAGAUUACAUUACAGUAGAGGGAGGUACAGUAAGUGCAGUAGGUAUACAGUGUAUGCAUAUUUUAUUUAUAUAGCACUAACAGGUUUACUCAGCACUUUACAGGUUACAUUACAGUAGAGGGAGGUACAGUAAGUGCAGUAGGUAUACAGUGUAUGUAUAUUUUAUUUAUAUAGCUCUAACAGGUAUACUUAGCACUUUACAGAUUACAUUACAGUAGAGGGAGGUACAGUAAGUGCAGUAGGUAUACAGUGUAUGUAUAUUUUAUUUAUAUAGCGCUAACAGGUGUACUCGGCAUUUUACAUGUUACAUUACAGUAGAGGGAGGUACAGUAAGUGCAAUGGGUAUACAGUGUAUGUAUAUUUUAUUUAUAUAGCGCUAACAGGUGUACUCAGCACUUUACAGGUUACAUUACAGUAGAGGGAGGUACAGUAAGUGCAGUAGGUAUACAGUGUAUGUAUAUUUUAUUUAUAUAGCACUAACAGGUGUACUUAGCGCUCUACAGGUUACAUUACAGUAGAGGGAGGUACAGUAAGUAUACAGUAUAUGUAUAUUUUAUUUAUAUAGCGCUAUUAGGUGUACUUAGCACUUUACAGGUUACACUGCAGUAGAGGGAGGUACAGUAAGUGCAGUAGGUAUACAGUGUAUGUAUAUUUUAUUUAUAUAGCGCUAACAGGUAUACUUAGUGCUUUACAUGUUACAUUACAGUAGAGGGAGUUACAGUAAGUGCAGUAGGUAUACAGUGUAUGUAUAUUUUAUUUAUAUAGCGCUAACAGGUAUACUUAGUGCUUUACAGGUUACAUUACAGUAGAGGGAGGUACAGUAAGUGCAGUAGGUAUACAGUGUAUGAAUAUUUUAUUUAUAUAGCGCUAACAGGUGUACUUAGCGCUUUACAGGUUACAUUACAGUAGAGGGAGUUACAGUAAAUGCAGUAGGUAUACAGUGUAUGUAUAUUUUAUUUAUAUAGCACUAACAGGUGUACUUAGCGCUUUACAGGUUACAUUACAGUAAAGGGAGGUACAGUAAGUGCAAUAGGUAUACAGUGUAUGUAUAUUUUAUUUAUAUAGCGCUAACAGGUUUACUCAGCACUUUACAGGUUACAUUACAGUAGAGGGAGGUACAGUAAGUGCAGUAGGUAUACAGUGUAUGUAUAUUUUAUUUAUAUAGCGCUAACAGGUUUACUCAGCACUUUACAGGUUACAUUACAGUAGAGGGAGUUACAGUAAGUGCAGUAGGUAUACAGUGUAUGUAUAUUUUAUUUAUAUAGCGCUAACAGGUGUACUUAGUGCUUUACAGGUUACAUAACAGUAGAGGGAGAUACAGUAAGUGCAGUAGGUAUACAGUGUAUGUAUAUUUUAUUUAUAUAGCGCUAACAGGUGUACCUAGCGCUCUACAGGUUACAUUACAGUAGAGGGAGGUACAGUAAGUAUACAGUAUAUGUAUAUUUUAUUUAUAUAGCGCUAUUAGGUGUACUUAGCACUUUACAGGUUACACUGCAGUAGAGGGAGGUACAGUAAGUGCAGUAGGUAUACAGUGUAUGUAUAUUUUAUUUAUAUAGCGCUAACAGGUGUACUUAGCGCUUUACAGGUUACAAUACAGUAGAGGGAGAUACAGUAAGUGCAGUAGGUAUACAGUGUAUGUAUAUUUUAUUUAUAUAGCACUAACAGGUGUACUUAGCACUUUACAGGUUACGUUACAGUAGAGGGAGGUACAGUAAGUGCAGUAGGUAUACAGUGUAUGUAUAUUAUAUUUAUAUAGCGCUAACAGGUGUACUUAGCGCUUUACAGGUUACAUUACAGUAGAGGGAGGUACAGUAAGUGCAGUAGGUAUACAGUGUAUGUAUAUUUUAUUUAUUUAGCGCUAACAGGUGUACUUAGCACUUUACUAGUUACAUUAGAUUGUUUUUAUUUGUUUAAUGAUCAAAACGUCCAUUAAAAACACAUAUUGAAACAUUGUAUAUUCUAUAUAGAGAUAUUCUGGGAGACAUUUCAAAAUAAGCAGCAGUCACGUUGGAAUCCAGUAAACACUCCCUACAGUCCACAUUUAGCUCGCUGCUCUUAGUUCAUUUCUCUGUGACACCUUUAUAUCUCUUCCCUAAAGACUUAAAUAUUUUUACAAUAGUGUCACAGUUUUCUAAAUUUGACUUUAAUUAUUAAAGUCAUAUUCUUACUUAUUUUUUUAAUUAAGGCACGUCACUAUUUCCAGAUAAUUAAACGGCCAAUGGAUCUGUCCAUUAUACGUAAGAAGCUCCAGAGACGGAAUGUGCCCCAUUACUCCACCCCCGAGGAGCUGGCGUAUGACAUACGGCUUAUGUUUUGGAAUUGCGCAAAGUUCAAUUAUGUGAGUACUAUGAGCUGGCACUGGAGUUCCGAAUUCUGAAUUCAGGAACAGAAUACUUUAAAGGAAAACUGUCAUCAGUUUGUAUUAAUAGUAAACCAAAAUGCUUGAAAUGAAAAUGGGAGAAGUUGCAAAUAUUUCCUCUGUUAAAUUCUGAAUAUACGGUAAUUUGACAAUGCAGUAUGAACAGUUUUACAAAUAACAGGGAAAAAAAAGGGCGGCACGGUUAACGAAGCACUUCAAAGAACAUAACCACUACAGCGUGCUGUAAUGGUUAUGGUGUGGGAACGUCUGCCCCCCUGUUAGCUGUAGUGGAGCAAGGAGCAAAACCUUUCAAAAAUUGUUUAAUUAUAAUGGGGGUACCAGGACACUCACAGCACCAAAACCACUACAGCAAACUACAGUGGUUACGGUGUUUGGAGUGUUCCUUUAAAUCAUCAGUAGUAUAAGUUUAAUGAUUCUACCUGAAGGAUGAAAUCUUACAGUAAUCUCCACUGGUGCACAGUAUGUAGUUCGUUACAGAUGAUAUAAUGAUAAACAGGCGGCUGAUGAUUUGUUUGGUCCUAACAGGAGGAUUCGGAGGUAGCUGUGGCUGGGAGGAAGUUAGAGCUGUUUUUUGAGAACAUGUUGAAGGAGACUUAUCCGGAUAAGAUCUUUCCAUUUCCUCAAGAAGAAGACUCAGACUCUGAGGAGAUAGACAAUGAAAACUGCCCUCUGGGUUUUAAAGCUUUUCACUGGCCGUCCUAUGGAGCAGAAUGCAUUCAGCCAAAACGCAGGAGACGCCACACGGUCGGCCAGAAAACAAAGGAAUUCACCUUGUGCUAA